AUGGCCGCCAUUUCUUCCCAGACCUACACCCCCACCGAGGAGGCCGAGAUCCAGCAGUGGCUCACCACCUCCGAGCGCCUCAAGGCCGGCGACGACAAGUCCUCCAUCAUCGAGACCCUCAACAGCCACCUCUCCAGCCGAACCACCCUCCUCGGCGUCAAGCCCAGCAAGGCCGACGUCGCCAUCUACGAGACCCUCUCCCCCGUCGUCGCCCAAUGGUCCCCCGACGAGCGAUCCGGCGAGAAGGGAUACCCCCACAUCGUCCGCCUCAUCGACUUCGUCCAGAACUCGCCCAUCUUCGGCCUCGCCGUCAAGGACGAGAGCAAGGUCAAGGUUGACGCCGACGACGUCCGCUUCGUCAAGAAGCCCGUCGACGCCAAGGCCGAGAAGGAGCGCCUGAAGAAGGAGAAGGCCGCGGCCGCCGCUGCUGCCACUGCCGGUGGUGACGCCUCCCUCGUCGACCGCACCAAGGAGAAGGUCAAGGAGGUCGUCGCCGAGGCCAAGGAGGCCGUCGCCGGCCAGGCCAAGCCCAAGAAGGAGAAGAAGGAGAAGGCCCCCAAGCAGCCCAAGGCCGCCGCCGCCGCCGCGCCCCUCUCUCCCGCCCUCAUCGACCUCCGCGUCGGCCACAUCCUCAAGGCCAUCCAGCACCCGGACGCCGACUCCCUCUACGUCUCCACCAUCGCCAUGGGCGACCCUGCCGGCGAGGACACCACCGAGUACGAGGGCCAGGUCUGCCGCACCGUCUGCUCCGGCCUCAACGGCCUGAUCCCCCUCGAGGAGAUGCAGGGCCGCAAGGUCGUCGUCGUCUGCAACCUCAAGCCCGUCAAGAUGCGCGGCAUCAAGUCCUCCGCCAUGGUGCUCGCCGCCUCCCCGAAGCUCAAGGAGGGCGAGGUCGACGACCACAAGGGCCCCGUCGAACUCGUCUCCCCGCCCGAGGGCGCCAAGGCCGGAGAGAGGGUCUUCUUCGAGGGCUGGGACGGCAAGUCCGAGGGCAUCCUCAACCCCAAGAAGAAGAUCUGGGAGACCUUCCAGCCCGGCUUCACCACCACCGACUCUCUCGAGGUCGCGUUCGACGCCAAGGCUGUCGAGCAGCUCGGCAAGUCCGACGUGGGCAAGCUGGUCACCGAGAGCGGCGGUGUCUGCACCGUCAAGACUCUGAAGGGCGCUACUGUCCGAUAA